AUGUCGACCACUAGCGGUGCUCAUGGUCAUGGCACGCUCCGGGGCACACCAAAAGGCCAGCGACCACAGAGCACAAUGUCAGAAGGUCCAUCUGGCAUCCCGCGGCCCAAGCUGGAAUCUCAUGUGAGCGAGGCGCCGACGUCCUCGUUGAGUGCAAGCAGAGCCAAGCAGUCAAAAAGAGAUGAGGUAUGGAUCAAUACUCUCACGGAAAUGAUUUGCAGAACAUGGACGUUGACGAGAUGAAGGCCCUACGGAGUAAGCUCGAAAAAGACCUCAGCAAGAAGCGCGGCGCUGCUGGACGAUCCCGCCAAAGUCGCAAAGCCCCUCCUGGCACCGUUCUCGCCUUGAAGCCGAACCAGGCUUUGCAGAUCAAGCCCAACACCACCGUUACCGAGGCUGCGCAAUUGAUGGCCGCAAAGAGAGAGGACUGCGUAUUGGUAACCGACGACGAUGAGCGAAUUGCGGGUAUCUUCACUGCAAAAGACUUGGCUUUCCGGGUCGUCGGUGCUGGACUGAAGGCCAACAGUGUAACGAUUGCGGAGAUCAUGACCAAGAACCCUCUCUGCGCGAAGACGGACACAAGUGCCACAGACGCGUUAGACCUGAUGGUACGAAAAGGAUUUCGACACUUGCCGGUCAUGGACGAGAACCAUGACAUUUCCGGUAUUCUGGAUAUCACAAAGUGCUUCUACGACGCGAUGGAGAAGCUAGAGCGUGCUUACAGCUCUUCCAAGAAGCUUUACGAUGCGCUGGAGGGUGUCCAGGCGGAGUUGGGAUCAAGUCAACCGCAGCAGAUCAUCCAGUACGUCGAGGCUGUGAGAUCUCGUAUGUCUGGACCAACGCUUGAGUCUGUCCUGAAUGGUCUGCCGCCCACGACUGUCUCGGUACGAACGAGCGUGAAGGAGGCUGCCCAGCUCAUGAAGGAAAACCAUACCACUGCAGUCCUCGUGCAGGACCAGGGCCAGAUUACUGGCAUUUUUACUUCAAAAGACGUAGUUUUGCGAGUAAUCGCUGCAGGUCUCGACCCAGGGACUUGCAGUGUGAUUCGCGUGAUGACUCCCCACCCAGACUUUGCUCCCCUCGACAUGAGCAUUCAGCAGGCCCUACGAAAGAUGCACGACGGCCACUACCUGAACCUCCCUGUCAUGAAUAAGGAGAAUGACGAGAUCGUCGGCAUGGUAGACGUCUUGAAGCUUACAUACGCAACGCUGGAUCAGAUCAACAGCAUGUCGACCGGCGACGGCGAAGGCCCUGCGUGGAACAAGUUUUGGAUGUCGAUGGACCAUGGCGAUACCGAAUCGAUGAUGUCGGGUGAGGGUAGCCACAGCCACUCUCAGAUGCCUCACACGCCAGAGAGGUCUGGUAUGAUGUCUCCCGAGAUACCUCGACCAGGCAUGGACCGCGGCGACAGUGUGCUGCCCACUGACUCGGCUUCGCACCAUGGCGGACAGGACAUAGACGAAUCCUCCGCGCUGGCUGGAGCUAUUGAGGACACCCCCUUUACAUUCAAGUUCAGGGCUCCUGGUGGACGUGUCCAUCGCUUACAUGUGGUGGCAUCGAAUGGUCUGGCCAAUCUCAUCAGCGUUGUGGCUGAGAAGCUCGGACAUGAGGCUGACAGUCUUGGUGGUGUUCCCGUUUUCGAGGAUGGCAAGCUCGGCCACGCUGGCUUUGCGCUCAGCUACAUGGACAACGAAGGGGACACUGUUUCGAUUACCACAGACCAUGACCUGCUCGAAGCGAUCAUCCUCGCACGGCAAGCCCACAAGGACAAGGUCGAUCUGUUUGUGCACGAUCCAGAGAAGCCCGCCCUUCCGGCAACCGUUGACCCUCAGCCCGCCAUCAUUCCGCCAACGCCCCCAGAGAGCCACGUCCGCCAGCGCAGAAGGUACGAAGAAGAUGAAGACGACGAGGGAGAAGAAGAAUCGCCUAGCGUUCGCGAUCGUCGUCGGGGACGUAAAGCCGCAGCUGGUCCAAAACAGCAAGAACAGAUCCUCCAAGGGGUACCAAACGAACUGCUCUUGCCUGGUGCCAUUGUAAUUCUGGGCGCCGUCAUCGUCAUCACGUUCACCCUGGGCCGUUCGAGCAGAUGA